AUGGCAUCAGACAAUGAGUCCACUGUCGAGGUGAGGGAGGCUCGUGACACCGAGGAGUACGAUGCGCAGGCUGCUGCUCGUGGGCUGUGUGACAAGGCAUGUGACAUAAAGAGCCUUCUACAUGGGCACGUUGAGUCGACGCGUGCCCUCGAAAGGGUUGUUGGGGAAUUUUGCACUCGCGACAUCGCUGAAGAGGAUGCCUUCCGGAAAAUCUCUCUCGACGUUAUGCAUGCCGAAAUGCGGGCGCUACGGGACCUUCACUACGUUGCAUUUUCCCAGCGGUGGGCAGAGGUAGAAAAGGGCUCCGCUGCAGAGGAGGUCACCAGCCUACCUUCAGCGGAUAGGAGUGUUGGAAGUUGCGUGUCCCACCUUCUGACCUCGCUUUGUGAGGGAAAGCCUGAUGCAACUUUUAGCCUUUCAGAGUAUUUUGGUGUCGCUGACGUGCUUAUGGAAUGGCGCUCGUUAACUCCAGCAUCACAGGAACAGUUGGAUAUUCUUCUUCUGUCAAUAACCAGGAGCGUGGAGGACAUUUCAUCAUGUGUCCUGCUGCUGAAUGGGGUUUUAUAUACACCAUCUGAUUCAUUUGAUUGUUGUGAACUCACUCGACGGGAGCUCACCGCGAUAAUUGGAAGUGGGGGACCCGCUUCCGCGGAAGAGGCACUUGUUGGAUGGCUUAAUUUUAUUGUGAGACGCUCGUUACUCAACCAGACCCUUCUCCAGAGGCUGAUGAGUUCGACCAUCGAGUUUCGGAGAAGUGAUCUUUGCCUACAGGGCGACGGCGCAGACGUGCUGGUUGUAGUCGACCACAGGCGGUUGUUGAACUCCGCUGUCUUUCGUGGGUUUUUCUUUUCUGGGGAGUUGCGUGGUGUAGAGGCUAUUGGGGCGCAGGUGAACUUGAUGUCAGUAUUAUUUGCAGGCAACGGCAGCGGAGAUCAGCUUGACAUAGAGAAGUGUAUCGCCGACAUUUUCCGCGCUUUAUGGGAGCAGCAGGAACUGCUUUCAUGUAAGUGGAAGAACGUUACUGUGACCCUCGCUGUUCAAGCCAGGAAGGACGUCGGAGCCGGCGCUCAAACCAAGUUGAUGGACUUCGUUGUGCUCGAUCUUCGCCCCCUGUCGCCGAACAUUCCUUUUCAGUGGCACUUUACAUGGGGCGAGGUCUGUGCACUAGGCCAGCUCAGUACGAAUGACGGAGAUAGAGCACGACCCCUGGACAUUCCUGUUUUCAAGACGACUCGUGUAGCUGUAGCCUCUCUGGGGCCUUAUGAUAAACUUUCACGCAUAAUGUUCCCUUCGAUUAACGAGUAUUUACGUCUUACGCGGAAAGAGCCACCAUCUGUAGCCCCAGUCGCCUACGCUGCCGUCGCGGCGGCGCUUGUCGUCGGGGGAUUUAUUGUUGGAAGCUGCAUACUCGGUUCCCGGCGAAGACGAUGA